UAUCAAAACAAUCUCUCUCCCGACGCAGAGAGAUUGGCGCUGAGACCUCCAACAGUUUUUCACGCCAACCAAUCACGCUCUUUUCAAAGAAUGGAUCAAGUUCAACACCCGUCCAUCAUGCAGAAGGUAGCUGGUCAGCUCCUUCAUUCUAGCCAUUCUCAAAAUUUUCAAGGUUAUGGUGGGUCUUUCAGCAGGCCUGCUCUGUCCCAAAGGCGUGUUCCAUAUGGUAAUUACUCCAAUGCUGCCCUGCAGUAUGACCUCUCUGUGGUUCCAUCAGCAGCAUCUGCUAUCUGUGUUCAAGCCCCUGCCGAGAAAGGAUUUACCAGCUUUGCUAUUGAUUUCCUCAUGGGUGGAGUGUCUGCUGCCGUAUCUAAAACUGCUGCUGCUCCAAUUGAGCGUGUUAAGCUUUUGAUUCAGAACCAAGACGAAAUGAUCAAAACUGGUAGGCUUGCUGAACCCUACAAGGGUAUUGGUGAUUGUUUCAAGCGAACGAUCCAGGAUGAAGGAUUUGGUUCUUUGUGGAGAGGAAACACUGCCAAUGUUAUUCGUUAUUUCCCCACUCAGGCCUUGAACUUUGCUUUCAAGGAUUACUUCAAGAGGCUUUUCAACUUUAAGAAAGACAAAGAUGGUUACUGGAAAUGGUUUGCUGGAAACUUGGCAUCUGGAGGUGCAGCCGGUGCUUCUUCCCUUCUCUUUGUCUACUCCUUGGAUUAUGCUAGAACCCGUCUUGCCAAUGAUGCAAAGGCUGCAAAGAAGGGAGGAGAGAGGCAAUUCAAUGGUCUUGUUGAUGUCUACAGGAAGACCUUGAAAUCCGAUGGUAUUGCCGGUCUUUACCGUGGUUUCAACAUCUCAUGUGUUGGAAUCAUUGUGUACCGCGGUCUAUACUUCGGAAUGUACGACUCUCUGAAGCCGGUUGUUUUGACCGGAAGUAUGCAGGAUAGUUUCUUUGCUAGCUUUGCCCUCGGUUGGCUCAUCACCAAUGGUGCUGGCCUUGCAUCGUACCCAAUCGACACUGUUCGUAGAAGAAUGAUGAUGACGUCUGGAGAAGCCGUCAAAUACAAGAGCUCGCUUGAUGCAUUUUCUCAGAUCUUGAAGAAUGAGGGUGCCAAGUCUCUGUUUAAAGGUGCAGGCGCUAACAUUCUUCGUGCUAUUGCCGGUGCCGGUGUGCUCGCCGGAUACGACAAGUUGCAGCUCAUCGUUUUCGGAAAGAAGUAUGGAUCUGGAAGUGCUUAAUUUUGGGGUAUACCAACUCUUCUUUUGUUGUGUUUGUUUUAGGUUUUAAAGAUGGCGAUGAAAAGCUCGACUCGAGAAAUUUAUUUCCGGCAAAAUUUCAUUAAUAAUUCAGAUUUUAGGGGAUUAACUCCCUAAACGAUUUUUAUUUUUCAGAUGGGAAAUUUUGAUUACCCAUCUCGGAUUUUGGCUUUACUUU